GUGUAUGUACGUCUGCCACACUCCCACAUGGCUAUAUGUCUGUACGUCCGUCACACUCACCGGUCACGAUAUGUAUGUACGUCCGUCACACUCGGUGGUCACCGUAUGUAUGUACGUCCGUCACACUCACCGGUCACGAUAUGUAUGUAUGUCCUUCAGACUGCCGCAUGACAAUAUGCAUGUACGUCCGUCACUCUCGGUUUGCUCGAACGUGCAUGAUUUAAGGAUCUGAUCGUUUUUGUUGCGGACUCAGCUAAAACAAAAUUUUUUCUUUAGAUAUUUGUAGAACAGAGAUGAUCUUUGAGUUUAUACUUGCGAUAAUAGUUCAGACCUUUGACAGAGCUAGUAGGGAUAAGGUCGCUUUGAUUUUUUACACAGUAUCACUCAGAACAACGAAAACAAAAGUUUUAUUUUCUGUUUUAAAGGGCAUUCAAUUUGAAAAUAUGGCCGAUGACCGAUCAUAACACUUUUGCUAUCUUUUUUAGAGUCCUUUCCGAUGAAUAAACAGAUUCAACAACUGAAUGGUGAUGGCAUAGGUCCUAAUUUAACUGCAGCGGAUAAAAUCAUAAUCUCGUCAGGUUUGACAACACGUAAGAGAAAAACGAAUAUUAACAGUCUUCAUGAUUAAUCUUUUCAAGAGUUAAGGUUCAUUAUGAAGAAACAUCUAAUCAAGGCGUGUAGCACAAUACAGUUUUCUUUUACUCAUAGAUCCGCUAUGCCAAGGAGUUUUCGACCGUGCCGUUCGUCCUGUUCAAAAAGGAUCAGGAUUCAUAUUGUGCGCAGGAAUAAUCAACGCUGGUAUCGUUCAAAUGUGUCGGAACGGCUCUCAUUACGACGCGAUAAGAGGUUGCAACGCAAGUAUGCGUCUGAGAAGAAAAGAAAUGAAAAACUAAACAUGUUGUACUAUAGCUUCAGAAACUCUAACGGCUUGUUCUUCCUCGCCUUGUCUCAACGGUGGAAUAUGUAUACCGAUCGCUUCAAAGUCAAGUAAAUAUUUUUGUAGUAGUCCUCCAUACACUGUUGGACCUCAUUGUACAAAAUUAUGUCGAUAUGUAUGUGGACGCGGUGAAUGUUACCCGUUUUCCUAUUAUGACGAGUUAACCCAUGUUUGCCUCUGUUCAGCUGGUAAUUAUCGUUCAAAAACCGGUCAUUUGCCAUUUGAAAUAGCCACUUAUGGUCCGAAUUGUCAGCAAACGUACGAGAAUCCGUGCUUGAAUGCAACAGUCACUGAUGAGCUAUUUCCGCUGGCGUAUACAAAUCAAGGAUAG